CCGUACUUACAGAGUACACUAAUAAAUUAAGCGCCUCCACCAAGAUUUCUCUUUCAAGCUUUCUUCCUCCAACUCCACUUCUUGUCCUCCCUUCUUGAAAAAUUGCAUCUCAAACAAUAUCGGAUUGGUUUCGACCGUUCAACUCCCUUUCUUAUUUAAAUACAACAUCUCACAUUUCAAUUAUUAUCUUCAAAUAUCAUUUCGCCAUUAGCCACUUACCAAAUAUCUUUUAUUUGGCCAUUGGCUGUACCCUUAGCCAUUACACCACGAGUACGCUUAGGGUUCCCAACACCACAUAAAACAGGCCGACCUUUUUUUCAACUUCUUCUACCUUGAAAAACUUCAACUCGAGACCGGCCACCCAUAAAACCUACUUGUCCACCCUUCCAACAACCCAAGCCACGAUCAAACUUAUUCAAAUACUGUCCCAUAUCGAAAUAUUCAAAUUGUCGCAUCAGAGCGAUUGUCGAACUCGAGCGUCUAUUCAUUUUGACUCAUAACGCCUCAACGGCUUCAUCGACAAUCAACCACCAAAUUGGCGGGACUCGUAUUCCAAGGCCUUUCCUUCAUCCGUCCCCUCCUCGGUCCAGUGAAGACCUGGGCCUACUGCGGAGGCGACAAGAAACCCCCAUAAUUGCACUUGAAGCAAUCCAACAACAAAACACAUAACUGCAGCUAUACAUACAAAUCAAAAAGGGGUAGCGGAUGGACGAGUAGCCAUUCUUCACUAGAGAUCACACUGUACAGGGAGUACCUGUGCAAAGCCAACUAUCAAAUUGACGCCAAGCAAGCGGUGGGCGCUCGUUGCGACCUGCCUGGACUUUGAAAGCUUUGGCUUCCUAGAAAUCUAAACUUAACCCAAAUAUAUCUUAUCCAUAAUAUUAUAACUCAAAAUGUCUGAACACGAAGACACCUCCCUUGAUACCGGCUACAGCACGCCGGUGCCAGAAUUAGAUGACCACCGACAUCAAUCUCAAGCUCUACCAAAAGCUCGUUCUCGCAGCGGUACUAUCGAUAGCAUGCAAGCUCCUUCUCCUCGAGCUCCACAGAGUCCAGACCUAGCGCAUGUAAACAACACACUUCUUCAAACAAUCGCAAGAGAUUUCGAGGAAGCCAUUGUCGACGAGGACUCGAGAGGUGUAUCUCCAACGGCCAUUCGAAUGGCGGAUAGAAGUCGUAGAGGAACUGCAGCCACUGCUGAUAUUCGUUCCCUAUCACCACCAAGCUCGGUGAAAGCAUUUGCAGAUGCAAGAAGAAGAGAACGAGAAAUGUCUGUCUCGGACCCGAACCCUGGAAAGGCAUUUGCAGAUGCCAGACGGCUCGAAGAUCAUAAUGCUCUUCAUAGAACAGAGUCACAUGCCAGCCACAGAAGCCAUCGUACAUUUCGUAGCAGACGUUACACUAACGAGAACGAUGCAAAGAGCUUCGCAAGUUCGUGCAAGUCGGCAAAGGAGGAUGUUUGCUUUCCUCUACAUGCUUCUCCAACCAAAAACACCUUACAAAUCAAUUUUGAAACCCUCGAGGAUUUCAUUUUGGAGGAGGAAAAUCGUUCCAAGACUCCUGUAAACCACACUCAACCUCGAAUCUUCCAUGAUUUGAGAAAUAACGGUGCGGUGCCCAUGAUUGUUACAUCGGAAGGCACGGUUGUUGAUAUUCCCUCGGGUCCACCAUCAAUCAAUGAGAAGUUGGAUUCAUCCAGCCUUGAGGAGCUUACCCGACCAAAGCAAUCGCACCCAGACACUAAUAGGUUUGAAUACUUUUCCUCGCACGGAGUAGAUAGUAUUCACGCAUCAGAAUUUGGUGAUCUCAUCCUGCCAGGAGAAGACAUAAGAACCCUAUUCACGCCUCCACAAGAAGAGGGAGAACAAGAAGAGAGUGUUUGGUGGUUGAAUAUGAACAGCCCAACAGAGGAGGAAGUUCGUGUGAUUUGCGAGGCAUUUGGUGUCCAUCCCUUGACCAUCGAGGAUAUCACAGCCCAAGAAACGCGAGAGAAGAUCGAACUCUUCCCUUCGUACUACUUCGCUUGUUUCCGUUCCUUUAGCGUUGUCGAGAUUGAGGACGGCCAGGAAUACGAUCCAUUCAACAUUUAUGUCAUUGUAUUUCGAGAGGGUCUACUCAGCUUUAGCUUUUCGCCAAACCCACAUGCAGGCAGUGUUCGUAAGCGUAUCACAUUGCUAAAGGAUUAUUUGUCUUUGAACAGCGAUUGGAUUUGCUACGCGCUCAUUGAUCACAUCGUUGAUACCUUCGGCCCUGUUAUCCACAAGAUCGACAAUGAAACAGAUACGAUUGAGGAUCAAGUUUUCAUUGCUCGCAGUGAUGAUAUGCAUGCCUUUUUACGAAAAAUCGGCAUGGUUCGAAAGAAUGUUAUGGGCUUGAUGAAACUUCUGGGUGGCAAGGCCGAUGUCUUGAGAGGAUUCACAAAGCGCUGUAAUUCCAAUUACCUCGUCACUCCUCACAUGGAUAUUGGUAUGUAUCUUGGCGAUAUUCAAGAUCACGUUGUCACCAUGAUGACCAGUUUGGGUCACUCUGAGAAGAUGCUCUCAAGAUCGCACAGCAAUUAUCUCGCACAGCUGUCAAUUGACAACAUCACCCAAGGGAAUAACGCAAACAAGGUUCUCAGCAAGAUUACUCUCCUCGCCUCCAUCCUUGUUCCUCUUAACUUGGUAUGUGGUAUGUUUGGUAUGAAUGUUGCUGUUCCUUUCGGGAACGCGAACAGUCUCAUUCCGUUCUUUACAAUUUUAGCUGUGUUGGUGGUUUUCUCUCUUGCUUCCUUGGCCCUAGCAAGACGGUAUAGAUAUAUUUAG